CGUCCCCGCCAUGGCGGCGGCGUUCACCGCCCUCCGCGUUCUGCUCGGGCUGUUCUUCUUGCUGACCGGAGCCGUGAAGGUCUCGGACCGGCUCUCGGCCGAUCUGCACCGGCACAUGAAAUCGGAAUUUGUGCGGUUUGCCGAGGUCUUUCCCCUGAAGGACUUUGGGUUUGUGCCAGAGCCGGGCCAGUACCUGGAGGUGGUGGGCUGGGUGGAGGUGGUGGCUGGGCUGCUGCUGGCGUUUGGCCCCCAGCUCCUGCAGGAGAUCAGCAACUUCAUCCUCAGUGUCAUCAUGAUCGGUGCCAUCUACACGCUGCUGGUGCUGCAGGAGCCCCUGGCCAUGUGCGCCCCUGCCACCCUCUGCCUCGGCCUCCUCCUGCUGCUCAACAUCCGUGGGCACCCGGCCCCCCCCAAGCCCAAGUUCGAGUGACCAGAAACAGAAGGAUGGAUGGCUUGGUUGGUGGGAAGCGAUGCCUUUCUGGUAUUUCUGGGGACAGCAUCGCUUCCCAGGGGGUAACUUGCUGCUGCAACAUGAUGUGUCCUCUCCUGCUGCUGCGGGGGGCCCUGGCACUGGUUGUCCCCACGCUGUGGGACCCAGACUGGUGCUUUGGGCCAUGCCACUGCUCCAGCAGCUCCGUUGCUAAACUCGCACAAGGUGCCUGGCUCUUCCUGGUGUUGGGCCACGCCGGGCUGGGCCAGCUCUGCUCUCCUGGAGGCUUUUGUAUUUUGGAAUAAAGCCUCUUGUUUUUAA